AUGCCCAGAAGAUAUAACCACCUGGACAGCAACCACUUUAGAGGGAAAGGACAUGUCUAUUUUGCAGUGGAAGAAGCUCUGGGUAUUGGACUUUUCAUUUUGGUGCUGGCAAUUUUACUUGCCUUUGGCUGCUGGUAUUACAAAAGACGUAGUGGCUACAAAAGUCUGCAGAGCAAAAGCUCUAGUGUGAGCACAAUACGAAACGUGGUAGGUGAGGGAGAAAUACUGGACUGCAAAAUGGCUCUGCAGGACUACAGAGACUUUAAUUCUGUGGUACCUGAUGCUCCACCAGCUUAUGACAAAAUUGCUGCAGAUCAGUCACCACCACCUUAUUCACCAUGA